CUUCAACCGCCUUCAACCACGCACUCCGUUCACUUUCCCUGCUCUCUCCGUCUCUCCGUGUUUUACCUUCACAGAAAGCCGGGGCGUAGCUAGAACGGCACGUGUACAACCAUCUAGCGCCUUUGGCGGCUGUGUGUUUUUAUAGUGCGAAAUUGUCGAGAGACCAUCAACGGGGCCAAAUAUUCACCAUGGCUUACAUGACCCAUUGCUGCUGCGGCUGUAUGACAGUCAGGACUGGCACCAAAGUGCUGGCCAUUCUGAGUUUGAUUGGUUUUAUACUUGGUGUGGUGUUCUACUCGGCAGUCUGUGCAAACUUUGACCAAGUCUUGGAUGUCUACAGACAAUCUCCAGAGGUGUAUGACACCGUGAAAUCGAGCUAUGGACUGUUUGUAGCCUAUGCAGUUAUCAGUGCCAUUGGUCUUGCGGCCGCCGCCCUUUGCAUUAGGGGAGCCUACACUGACCAACGACACUUGCUGCUUCCAUACUUGGUGUUUGAAGGACUUUUGGCUGUUGUCCAGGGUGUGGUUGUCAUCAUUGUCCUAGUUGCUAUUAUUGCCAGUGGUAUUCUUCAGCUUCUUUUGCUUCUCUGCUCUCUCAUGCUGGGACUCGCCUUGCAGAUCUACUUCCUCAUGGUCGUGGUGUCAUUCUACAAGCAGUUGGCCUUUAUCAGUCAGAACCCAGGACAAGUGGGCAUGACCCCAGGUGCUGUAAUGGUCCCCAGUGGUUAUGUUGCACAGCCAGGUUACCCUGCAGCUCCACCGCAGUACCCACCACAGUACCCACCACAGUACCCGCAGCAGUACCCACCACAGUACCCACAGCAGUACCCACCACCCGGACAAGAUAAGAUGAACAUGGUGUGAUGGGCAACACUAAGCAAUGGCAGUGAUGACUGGUGAUGUAGUGCCAGUUGCAUAGUUAGUUGCUGCCAGACCGCGCAACUGCUUGCGGACAUUUUACCUGCAGUACUGAGCUUGUACCUGCUGCACAUUUGAUGUGCUCUCUGGCUCUGCUUUGUUGACGUUCGAUGGCUUCCUUAAGAAUCUCAUUUUGACCACACAAUUAUUUGUAGCGAAAAAUUUUCAUCUGCUGUAGUUCUUUAAAAAUGGCUGUUGAAAAUUCGGACAGGAGACUUGGCAAAAUCUAGGUGGGCAGAGACUUCUUCAAUUCAGGGCCAGUUUUCACUAAUAUAACUGUAUUGCAAAACUCAAUUUUAGCAUCUGAAAUAUUGUUUCGGUAAUAUGCUUACACCCGAUGAAAAAAAAAAUUGUGCCAAUGGGGCAGAGAAACUUGCCAAUUCCAUAUAAUUGAAACAUAAGUCCAUUUGAAUCUUCUACUGUUGCUGUAUCUUUCUUUCCUGUUAUGGCAUGCUGUGCAGCUGAGCCCGAAUUUUCCACCAUGUAGACUACAAGUGCAGCUUUUCUCUUGACACUGGAAAGUUAGAUUUUCUUUUAUCUCCGGGGUGCAGAUGACCUUGGCUGUGACUCAUUCAGUCAUUUAUAAGUGUAGUGUUGCAUUGACUGAAAUAUGAAUAUGCACUUUGUUUUUUAGUUAUUUUCCUGCAGUGUUCAUUGGCAGCAGCUAUUUUCCUGUAGUGUUCAUUUGCAGCAGCUAUUUUCCUGCAGUGUUCAUUUGCAGCAGCUGAGCUGCUCAUUAUAUUUUCUUCUCCUGACACAUUUGACCUGCCCUUGCAUUUGGCAUUGCAGAUCUUUAUACCUUUUCUCAUAUUUCAUACUAUUAUUCAACAUCGAUAGCUCUUAACUUCGAUGCAAUGUACUUUGUUCAUUGAUUAUUUUGAGUGCAGCAGUUGACAACUUAUGUCAUACUUAUGUCGAUCGUGAAAUGUAUUUGCAUGUACUCUAACUCGGCACUUUUUGUGCUUGUUCCUUUGCACAGUUUUCUAGUCUUUCAAAGAGUUUUUGCAAUUCUUGUACUUCUUUGGCCUCAAGAUUUUUAUAAUCAUUGGAGUAUAUUGGAUGCUCUAUUUACAGACUUAACGUGCCUUGCAAUGUGCAGCUGACAGCAUAUUAAUAUGCAGCAUAUUGAUACCAUGGUGAAUGUUUACUGUUAUGCUUUUUCUGUAGCAUUUGCUGACAUGUAAAACUGUUGAAGCAUGUUACAUUUUCUGUCAAUGUCCUAGUCUUGGUAAACGAAUUUGUUAGUUGUUUUAUCAGUGUCAUGAAGAUAUUCAUGUCACUUCUAUUUUUGUUUUAAAUUUUAUCAGUGUUGUGGUGAAGGUGUUCAUGUAAUUUUUAUUUUUGUUUUGAAUUGCUUUCUCUGCAACCUUUCAGACCCUUCUUCAGUGCAUUUCUUUUUCAGUCUUGCAGAUGCCACAAUGCAUUUUUGUUAAACACAGCGUGUGUUUUGUUUGCAUUUAUUUGAUACAUUUAAUAAAGAGAAAGACUGUUUCUGAA